CUUACUUUACCUGUGGUCUCUCGCAAAGAAAUAACUCUACAAGUUUUAUUGAGGCUAGAAUAUUGAUGAUUGAUUGUCAAGUUCCCACAGCUAAGACACAGUGAGGGAAGGGAGGAGCCACUCUGGCCACAGAGAGGAGAGCUUUUGAUGCCUUUAAUUUGAAAGGAAGUAAGAAGGCUUAACUCAGCUGUUUUGAGUUGUUAAAAGCUAUUCUAACCAGAAAAUGAAGACCUUCAUACUGUUGUCUGUCUUGCUCCACUUUGCAAUUCCAGUGAAACACUCCCUGAAGUAUAUUCUCACUUCUUCUUAUGGAGUCAGAGGUGUCCCACAGUUUGUGGCUGUCGCAGUGGUUGAUGAAGUUCCGAUGGCUCACUGUGACAGCAACAGACAGAUACCACGAGCCAAAACUGACUGGAUGGAGAGAUUUUUCAAAGAGAAAAUUGAGCGCUUGCAGUGGUACACUAACAGGUGUACUGACAACGAGUACGACUUCAAAGACACCAUUAACAGUUUGAUGUCUCGUUUUAACCAAACUGGAGGUGUCCACAUUUUCCAGAGGAUGAAUGGCUGUGAAUGGGAUGAUGAGACAGGAAACACCAAUGGUUUUAAUCAGUAUGGUUAUGACGGUGAAGACUUCCUAGCCUUUGACCAAACAACACUGACAUGGAUUGCUCCAAAACCACAGGCUGUCAUCACCAAACACAAGUGGGACAGAAAUAUAGAUAAAAUUAUGCUUUGGAAGAACGCCCUUAACCACAAGUGCAUUCAGUGCCUUAAGGAGUAUGUGGAAUAUGCAAAGACCUCUCUGCAGAGAACAGGUAGAAUCACACGGCCUGAUACCUUCCCUCAGUGUCUCUCCUCCCAGAAGACUCCCCUCCUCUCUCAGUCAGCUGCCACGCUACAGGUUUCUACCCCUGACAGUAGCCACCCUCAUCUGGAGGAAAGGCGGAGAGGGGAGUUCAUGAGGACGUGGAGCACGGAGAAAGAUUCUCCUCAACCAUGA